AUGGAUAGUAAAGACCGAAACCUGCAUCAUUUUUCACAUAGGGCAAGAUACAAAUCUUUUUCACAAGAAGCUUCAUUAGAAGUCGAGAUACCGCUGGAAGAAAGUCAACCUAUCGAUGAACUGGCAGCACACAUAAAUGCUGUGAACAAAAUAAUACCACCUUUUUAUGAUGAAUUUCGAAGUUCUUUAUUAAAUUUCGUGGACGAAGAAACUCGCAAAUAUGAGAAUAAUAUCGGCGAUAAGCUGAUUGAGGAGUUUUUAAAAAAUGAUGAUGCGAAGAUGAAUUAUGGCUGCAUUCCUCUUACGCGAGUGGUAAAGCCUUCAUCGGUAUCAUUCAAUGAACAAUUCCAAUUUAUAAUGCGCAAUUCAACACAUGAAACUAUCGAAUCGGUCAUCGCUGUAGAAAAGACUAUGGCUGAAAAAAUGUCUUCACUUGUCCGUGCUCGAGAUUUUGAGUUGGAUAGAUUGAAGCGUGACUGUGAAGUUGCGAUGCACCAAACAUUAGCCAAUGACAACGCUUCUUCAGUCAGAAACGAUCGGCAAUUGCAUUUAAGUAAAUUGAAUGAAAAAAUUCGCCAAGUAAGCAGUAAUUAUUCGAAGCAAAUUGCUGAUUUGGCUGUAAACCAGCGUGAGGAAUAUCGGAUUCUUAUUAAAAGUCUCUAUGAGCAUGAUGAAAUCCCUCCAAAUAUUUCAAAUAUAGUUCCAGUUACAUCAGCAGCAGUACGCAAGUCAACUUCUGCCUUUGCGAAUUUAAAUUUGGCAAGAUCUCAGGUCAAUGAACAACUAAAUGAUAGUUUUACCAUAUAUUUAGGUGCUCAAUUAAAAACAAUGCAUAAUGUUCGUUUGUUGACGUGCCGUUUGUUGAGCGAUAUGUGUCGUUCACAGAAUUCAUUAAAUAAUAAGGAGUUUGACUCAGGUCGACUUUAUAUGAAUUUAUCCCUUUACCGGCGUGGUCUUACAGGUCUUAUAUUACUGGUCGAUAGAGAAAUUAAUUAUCAUAUCGAAAAUAAGACAGAUUUUGCUAGAAUUUGCGAACAAUCUACGGAACUGCAUUUCGAAUCGCUACAAGUUCAGUUGGAGAACAUCUCAGCAUUGGCAUCCGAUCUGAGCAAAGGUAAAGAUCGAAAUACGAGUACGGAACUAAUUAAAGCAUGCAAAGGAUUGCAGACAGGCGAUGUAUACGUGACCAAACACUCCAAUCUGACAUCAGUGCAAGUUAUUUUCCAUUUGGUUGUUGAUGAGACAAUAGAAUCUGAUGACAUGUCAAGCAGGCAUCCAUGUAUAAACGGACUUCGGAACGUCAUUCGUCUUUGUUCGAAAUGUGGCGUCACGACAUUCGGAAUACCGUUGCUCCUUGUGGAGAAAGCUAAUCAGAAAAUGACUUUGGCUUGGUGUUUGAAGAGAGCAGAACUAGUUUUUAAAUGCGUUAAAGGCUUCAUGAUGGAAGCUUGUGCUGGAUGUUCAACUGCAGGCGGUGGCGCACCAACUGCGGCCAUUCAUUAUAAUGUUAAUUUUAUUUUGCCGGAAAAUUUAGAAACCUGCGUUUACCAACAAAUUCUUGAGAUGUUUCCAACAAUUUUUCAUCUUGUCCCAUCUGUAUCAGUUUAA